AUGUAUCAGCACGGAAAGCUGCCGCCAGUAAAAGGAGAUCGGUCCCGCUACAAAAGGAGGUCGUCACAAUCCAUAGCACCUGAAGAUACAUCCGACGACGCUUCGGACCCCUCCGACAGUCAAUCAGAGCAGCAAAUCAACAUGAUAAUGGGUGAUCCUAACGACUCCGUCCCAACAGUCAUGGGGUGCGAGCACGCAUCGCCAAAAGAUCCUGAUCGCAACUCAACCCAUGAAGAAACUCCUACAAUUUUCUUCGCGGAUCAGGAUGCGGCGUGA